GGCCGCGCCUCGUCCUCGCCGCGGUGCUCCGCGCCAGGCCUCUUCCGCGUGGGUGACUGACUGUGAGAGUCGGCGCGCGCGCCGCUCGUCUCCGCCGGCCUGCGCCCGGGGCUCUGCGGCGAGGGGCGGGCGCGCGCGCCGGGCCAUAGAGACGGGCGUUGAGCCGUGCGGCUAGAGCGUCGCCGAGUCGGAGCCGGAGCCCGAGCCGCGCGCUUGUGUCUCCGCUGCGUCCGCCGAGGCUCCCCGAGUGUCAGGGACAAAAGCCGCCGCCGCCGCGCCGUCUGCUCCCGCCGCCGGGGCUCCUCCGCUGCCGCCGCCCCCUCGAAGCCAGCUCGACGCCUUCGCCGACCCGUGAGGAUCCGAGAGCCAUGUCGGCCAGCAGCCUCUUGGAGCAGCGACCCAAAGGUCAAGGAAACAAAGUGCAAAAUGGAUCUGUGCAUCAGAAGGACGGACUAAAUGAUGAUGAUUUUGAACCUUAUUUGAGCCCACAGGCAAGGCCGAGUAAUGCGUAUACUGCCAUGUCUGACUCCUACCUACCCAGUUACUACAGCCCCUCCAUCGGCUUUUCCUAUUCUUUGGGUGAAGCUGCAUGGUCUACUGGGGGUGACACAGCCAUGCCCUAUCUUACUUCUUACGGACAGCUGAGCAACGGAGAGCCCCACUUCUUACCAGAUGCAAUGUUUGGGCAACCGGGAGCCCUAGGUAGCACUCCAUUUCUUGGUCAGCAUGGUUUUAAUUUCUUUCCCAGUGGUAUUGACUUCUCGGCAUGGGGCAAUAACAGUUCUCAGGGACAGUCUACUCAGAGCUCUGGAUAUAGCAGCAAUUACGCAUAUGCACCCAGCUCCUUAGGUGGAGCCAUGAUCGACGGACAGUCGGCUUUUGCCAACGAGACACUCAAUAAAGCUCCUGGCAUGAACACAAUAGACCAAGGGAUGGCAGCAUUGAAGUUGGGGAGCACAGAAGUUGCAAGCAGUGUUCCGAAAGUUGUAGGUUCUGCUGUUGGUAGUGGGUCCAUGACUAGUAACAUCGUGGCUUCUAAUAAUUUGCCUCCAGCUACCAUUGCUCCUCCCAAACCAGCGUCCUGGGCUGAUAUUGCUAGCAAGCCUGCAAAGCAGCAACCCAAGCUGAAGACCAAGAAUGGCAUUGCAGGGUCAAGUCUUCCACCACCCCCAAUUAAGCAUAACAUGGAUAUUGGAACUUGGGAUAACAAGGGUCCUGUGGCAAAAGCCCCCUCACAGGCUUUGGUUCAGAAUAUAGGUCAGCCGACCCAGGGGUCUCCCCAGCCUGUAGGUCAGCAGGCUAACAGUAGCCCACCAGUGGCUCAGGCAUCAGUAGGGCAACAGACACAGCCAUUGCCUCCACCUCCACCACAGCCUGCUCAGCUUACAGUCCAGCAGCAAGCAGCUCAGCCAGCCCGCUGGGUCGCUCCUCGGAACCGUGGCAGUGGGUUUGGUCACAAUGGGGUGGAUGGUAAUGGAGUAGGACAGUCUCAGGCUGGUUCUGGAUCAGCUCCAUCCGAGCCUCACCCAGUGUUGGAGAAGCUGCGGUCCAUUAAUAAUUAUAACCCCAAGGAUUUUGACUGGAAUCUGAAGCAUGGUCGGGUUUUCAUCAUUAAGAGCUACUCAGAGGACGAUAUCCACCGUUCCAUUAAGUAUAAUAUCUGGUGCAGCACGGAGCAUGGUAACAAGAGACUGGAUGCUGCGUAUCGUUCCAUGAACGGGAAAGGCCCCGUUUACUUACUGUUCAGUGUCAACGGCAGUGGACACUUCUGUGGAGUCGCAGAAAUGAAAUCUGCUGUGGACUACAACACAUGUGCAGGUGUUUGGUCCCAGGACAAAUGGAAGGGUCGUUUCGAUGUCAGGUGGAUUUUUGUGAAGGACGUUCCCAAUAGCCAACUGCGACACAUUCGCCUAGAGAACAACGAGAACAAACCAGUGACCAACUCUAGGGACACUCAGGAAGUGCCUCUGGAAAAGGCUAAGCAGGUGUUGAAAAUCAUAGCCAGCUACAAGCACACCACUUCCAUUUUUGAUGACUUCUCACACUAUGAGAAACGCCAAGAGGAAGAAGAAAGUGUUAAAAAGGAACGCCAAGGUCGUGGGAAAUGAAAGGCAGUCCUGCACAUACUGCAGCAACGGUUGCAUCUGCAUACCCCUGCGAGGGAAAAUGACCUUCAAGAAAAUUAGGACUUUUUUCUGAAUUUCAUUGACUUACUUCAGAGACGAUUGCAGACUUGCAGUUUAAGUAUUGGAAAUUCGCAAAAGACAUAGGACUUAACUGGAAAAUGGGGAAAAAAAAAAGAAAAAGAAAAAACUAAACAAAAAAUCCCUCUAGGUAGUUUAGAUGAAAAAUGUCCCUUUUAUUUUGGCUUUGGUUGUGAUUUCAGAGCAUAAUGCUUUGUUUUUUUGUCUUUUUACUAUGUUUUCCGGAUUUUUAAGUCCGUAAGUGCAUACAGUUUUCUCUAAUUUUUAAACCCUUUCCUCUUCCCAUUUUGACAUUUGCACUUGGAGAACACUUGAGUUGCAAAGGUUUUAGGCGUCCACCCCAGAAAGUGGGAAUUUGAUUUUUUCCCUUCCAAACUGGAAGAACAUUUUUAUGAAGAAUUUUUGUCUAGGAGAAUUUAACAGUGUUACCCAAGGUUGUGUCUUUAAGGGUGGUUCCUUUUCAGACCCUUUGUUACUGGGCGUACUAGGAGUCCUGAGAAAUGUUCUGUUCUUGUACAUUAUGCUGAUGAAGUCUGAUUAAUUUGGUUUCAGAGCUAAGAACAGUGGUAAAAACUCGUUAACAGAAAUGCAUUUUGGAAGAGAAAAAAAAUAUUGUAAAAUGUGUAGUGGAUGUUUCUUCAGUUUCUUGUUCAGCCAAUGAGGAAAGGGCAUUGCCUUUCUUUUUACCAUUAAUCACUCUCAAUAAACGUGAGAUCCUGUUGAGCAUCACUUCUAGUACCAUUUAGUAUUAUUUCAAUCGUGUGUAAUAAAAGAUGUAGUGUGGUUAGAAGACCCAGGAGGUGAGACAGCAGCUACUUCAAGGAAAUGUGGGCCAAGAAGAAACAGGUGAGGCCUGCUCUGUGACUGAUCUCUGGAAGGUAAAAGGGACCUCGCGUUCAUGAUGCUUCGUGUCUGAGGAUUUCCCAGAGCAGUGAGAACCACUGCAGCCUCCUGUCAGCAAGUACUUACUUGACUGUGUCCUAGGCAUUGGGCACUGUGCCAAUAACUUCAUCCCCAGUCCUGCCCAGCUGGCUUAGGAAGGAACAGCGUCUGGGGUAAAGGAUGUCAAGUUUCUCAUCUGAAACAGGAUUAGUUCAGACAGUAUUCCACAUGGAUGCUGGGCUGUAAAAGAAACUCCGCUGGCCUUGGGUCUGUGAAAGUUUCGUCUACCCUAAUGCUUGAUUCAUCCUUGUAUGUUCCUUACAAUUUGGAGGCUUCUCUGCUUUUACAAUACUUUAAAGAUUUUUGGCUUCUGCAAUGUUCCAAGAGUUUAGAUGUGUGAAACCACCUCACAAAGAGUUCUGAAAAUGAGUUUUAAUGCUGUUGGAUAGUUUUGUUCUCACAUGACUUACUCAGCCAAGCCUACUAAGUUUAAGGAUGCCACUAGAAUGGGUAAAUGUUGAUCAGCAUAAUUAAAGUUGAUGCUUAAAAUUUGUUUGUCCAAGGGCCUAGUACAACACUUCUAGAUAUUCUGUCUAUAAGCUUUUUUGAAAUUCAUCGCACACAGCCCCCGCCCCCAAAUUGGGGAGCUCUUUAGUGUUUUCAUUGGUUUGAGUACACCUGAUUUGCUGGUAAGAAAUGGAAAACUCAAAAGUGUUCCCACUUUUAGCCCCAAAUUGUACAGGCCUCAUUGUUACUCUGUAUUACCUGUGUUGGAUUUAUGUUGCAUGUGGCAUUAAUCAAGAAUAUGUUUGAUCUUUUUUUUUUCCUCCCCUAUUUCAAAUGUUAGUACCUCAGUUGGAAGCCUACAUCUCAAUUUUCAACUCGCAUGUAGAAAAUUUAGUAAUGGCCCUGGGAAUAGACUGAGCAGAAUUUGGAGCCACUGACAAGAUAACUCAUCUUGGUUCAAGAUCUUGGGUUUUUGUUUU